UCAGCUGGAAAAGUAAGAAAUCCCACCAUUUUUUCUUCAAGGGCGGGCGUGUUUGUGGGCAGGAGCGAGCACCGGCGCCGUAGCACGUCCGUGCAAUCAACCGCCCUACGACGUGUCUCCAUUAGCUGCCGUAAGUGCUCCAGGACGGGACGAUCGCAUAUAUACAUCCACCCAAGCCAUGUCCAGGCUGACUCGACAUCGCCAUGUCAUCGACGAGAGCGCGGCGGAGCGACGGCCGGCAGUUCGGGGUGGGCGGCCGGUGGCGGCACGUGGCGGUGGUCGACACGGGGUGUCGGUGCCGCCCGCGCCGCCAGAGGCUGGCGUCCUUCCUCUGGCCGUCCACGAAGCCGCCGGUGACGAGGAGCAGCAGCAGCUCCCAUCCGUCAUCCUUGUUCCCCUCCUCCGCCUCCACCGCUUCCUCGGCCUCCGCCCGCGUCUACAAGCACCAGCAGGAGCCCUACGGGGCGACGGCAAAGGCGUCGCCGCCGGUUGCGACGAAGAAGGUGGGCAGCAACCCGGCGAAAAAGAGGCGCGAGAAGAUGGCAGCAGCGGCGGCCGAGGAGGAGGAGGAGGUUGGGGUGGCGGUGGAGAAGGAGUCGUCGGACCCGCGCGGCGACUUCCGUGACAGCAUGGUGCGGAUGGUGGUGGAGAUGGGGCUCUGCGACUCGGACGGCCUCCGCUCCAUGCUUCGCCGCCUGCUCGCCCUCAACGCGCCGCCACACCACGCCACCAUCCUCGCCGCCUUCGCCGAGGUCUGCGCCCAGCUCGCCUCGGAGUCUUCAGCGCCGCCGCCUCCGGCGUAUCAAUACACGAGUGACGAGUGACCAUUCGUCGGCUCGGCAAGCCGGCCGGCCAGGUCGUCUGCUCUGCUCGUGUUUCUGUUCUGUGUGGUCUCAAGAUCCUGGCACCACCUGGUGUACACAUAAACCUGCGACUACCAAUAGUGUCGUAUAAUGUGUGUGCUUGUGUGGCCUUCAGUUUUGCAUGAAGGUCAUCAAGGAAGCUUGUUACUCCCCUAGUGUCAAAAAACGUCUUAUAUUCCGGGACGGAGGUAGUAGUUAAUCAGCUCAAAUAUGUAACUAUUUGUGUGAUUAGCAGUGCUUGCUUGUUAUUCUACAUUCUACAUGCA